GCGUCCUCCGAUUUUAUUCACAGAAAGUGUUCGCCAUAUUGCUUCCGUGAAUUCAGUGAAAUAUUUGUGCAUUUCUCUUCAAUUAUGACUGCAAUAUGAAAAUAGUUUAAAGGAAAACAAUCCAUGUUUGAUUAGUAACUGUGGCUAUACAUUUUUAUGCAGCUCAGACGUUAAAAUAACGUGAAAACGCGUCGAGCGGGCAGCGCACCCAUGUCGUAUGAGAAGAUGGAGGUGGUGAACCCGGCAGAAAAGGAGGCGAGUGAGGUUCUUCACUCGCUCCUGUCUGUCGAGCGCCGGAGUGUGGACAGCAAGGAGGCCAUUAUCGUGGCCAUUCCGCAAGACCAGAACGGCGGAGGGGAGUAUGGAGAGAGCGCUCAGUGGCACACGCCUGUCAUGGGCCAACACUCUGUGUUUGAGAUGGGAGCCUCUCAGAACAUGCAACAGCACAACUAUAAUGGUCACCAAGAACAGGUUUUAUGGCAAGGUCAUACAAUCCAAGUGGAGAAUGGCGAGGCAAAUAUGCAAGGAAUGCAAGGUGCUUACAGCAUUGAGUUCUCAAAUGUCGAUGGUGAUGGCAUGGAGGUUGAAACAAAGCCUAAAAUGGAGAAAAAAGGUGGGGCUAAGCGGAAGAAAAAGGGAGCGGAAACAGAUAGUGAUGAAGAGGUCCUCGACAACAAACUUGAGGAUAAUCCUUUACAAGUGAAAGAAAGAUUAAGAAGAGGAUGUGAUUGCAAGGAUAACUGCUACCGUGGGCUAAAUCCAGAGGCUGUCUACCGCCACCGUCUCAAUAUUGCUGAACUGACCAAAAGUGAACAUGACAUGUAUCUAAUGGGUAUCACUAUGGCCAGCUUGGCUAACCCGGCUGAAACAUCACGCCACAAGGUCAGGAGGAGACUGAGGGCGUGCUACGUAUACCAAGGUAGAAAGGUCUGUUUGGAGGCUUUUCUGUAUCUAGAAAAUGUAACACAUUAUCAGCUCAAACGCAUCAGGCAGCAUGUCAUGACGCACGGCGUCGCGCCUCGGAUACACGGCAACGUUGGUAAGAAGCCCUACAACACCUUUACCUUAGACAUAUACAAACAUGCAACUAAUUUCUUAAAGGAGUACCUGAAACAGCAUGCUAGCUCGCCUAAAGACGUCCAGCCUUCAGGCGAACAGGGCAAGAAAGCCAGCAAGACCAUUAUUAUACAGGGAGACUCACGGAAGCACUUGUUUGAAGCUUACAAAGAAUAUGGGGAAAUUCUGGAGCCCGGAGUAAAACUGAUGGGAUAUUCCACUUUCCGUGCAUUCAUGAAGGACCAAUUCCCUCACGUCAAGUUCGCCACUAAGAAACAAGACAUGCCCAAAGAUAUGGUUCCGUUCCGCAGCGGGAAAUGCAUGUCGUACGACAAAAAUAAGGACCCGAUCAGGUCGCAACAGGAAAAAGACAAGGUGGACCAUAAGAAGGCAGCUAUGGAGGCUAAGAAGAAGGAAGAUCACGACAGGGAGCAGCACGUGCAGCAGCAGCAACAGCAGCAACAACAGCAGGUGCAACAACAACAGCAACAGCAGCAACAGCAAGUGCAGCAGGUGCAAGUGCAGCAUCAGCAGAUGUCGAGCCAGCCGCACGUGGUGAUCCACCAGCAGCAGCCCGGCCAGCAGUCCAUGCAGCAGCAGAUGCUGGUGCCGCAGGUGUCGCAGCACCAGCAGGUGCUGACGCAGCAGGUGGGCAGCGUGCAGCAGGUGUCGCAGCACAUGCAGCCGCUGGGCGUGUCGGACGAGCCGCCGCAGCCCGUGGAGAUGGCGCAGCAGGUGAUCCCUCUGGCCGUGGUGCAGCAGCAGCAGCAGGCGUACAUCGUGACGCCGGUGUCGCACUUCCAGACGCGCGUGCAGGGCGCCUGGUACAGGCAUUGACGGCGCUGCCACCGUCGCGCGGCAAGUUAGCGAGAAUACCUAGGUUACGCCUAUUCAGUAUUGAUAAACUGACAUAUAACAACUAUCUGUAAGGAUAAAUUUAAUCAUAUUUACACCAGUAAAUUAGCAGUAGCUAUGUAGUUUAUUUUUAAAUGGUUUUAAAAUUGAUAGCGUUGUUUUACUGAGUCGACGGUUUAUGUAGGUCUUGCUGGUUAGAUUGCGAAUGUACCGAGUGUAGUUUUUAUAUUUUCCGCGUGUGUUUAGAUGUAAAUGGAUCAUGAUUAUUUUAUUUUUAGACUAUCUAAUCGUUCAGGUGGUGUUGUCAAUCAAUAUUAAAUUCACUUUGAAAAGCAGUGCCUUUAAAAUUUAUGAUGUGGAUUAAGACAUAGCUAUGAUGUGUGAUUAUACUUUCAAAAUACAGAUUUAAGAGGCAAAAUACAGAGAAGUGUGUAUUUACGCAUACUACGGCGUAGGCAAUACAAGUUGAUGAAGUACAUAUCACUUUAUUUUUAUUGGUUCAGAAAAAGAUAGCGUCUAUUUUAUUUAAUAUUAAAUUUUUAAUGGAUUUGUACUUUUGGAGCUUUUUAGAUGAUUCCGUAGUCAAUCACUUUUUCUCUGUUUCUCAUCAAGUGAUCAUAUUAUAAUUAAUGAACUGGCUAUGUAAUACAUGUUGCCUCCCAUGAGCCUCAGUAACAUAGUUUUUGUCAUGUCAGGGUAUGAAUUGGUCCCAUUUGAACUAAAUUGUGAUGACUGUUUAUUUUAAUCGCCUAGCCUAGGUACAGUCGCCAUCAAUAACAUUGUAAUAUUACGUAAUGCUCAAAAAUAUCUAAAAUACAAUACUAAAUUAAGCGAGCCGUGAUUAGAUAUUUGUGAGCACCUUGUUCACUUUGUAGGCUUAGCACAGGGAGGUAAUGUCGCGCUCCUGUGGUAUGAAUACUUGUAUAUAUCAGAUGGCGACUACAAUCAAGUGUAAAAAUAACACGAAAUGUUCCUAAACAUCCUUAUACUUAACCUAAUAAGGUUCAUUCAGUCAACAGUUUAACAGUUGGAGAAAGUUUGCUGUUUUCAUGCAAAAGGUUUCUUGGUCAGCUCUCAACAAGGUGAUAUUGUAUAAAAUGCUACUAAAAAUAGCCCUUGUUGGCAAGCGACAAAGACAUGUAAUAUUCCCUGAGAUUAUCUCAUCUUUACACUUGAAAGUACAAGCAAAGCUGGUUGGUGUCAGCUACAAAUAAAAGACUUCCAUAUAAUGGCGCUUAUGAAUUCCUUAGUUUAGUUUUUAGCCAGUUAAUGGGUUUUGGCUUUAUCUCCAUUGAUUGAGCUAUAAGAAAUAAAUUAUUUUAGUAUAGGUACAGUCAGCGGCAAUAGUUGCUAAGCGGGCCAGGUGUUCAAAAUUACCUUGACGCGCUCAUUCUCUUAACGCUAAAGUCCCGCCAAGAUCAUUUUGAACACCUCGCCCGCUUAGCAACUUGCUGCUGACUGUAAAACCAAUAUUUUAGUUGUGGAUGUUAUAAUCAUCACAUGCAUUAUCUUGAUCUUUCACAUCUGUCUGUAAUGUCGAAAACUGGGAGCACUUUUAGGACGUAAGAGUACUGAUUUUAAACGUUUAUUUUAUCUUUGAUUACAUUAAUUAAAACAAUAAUAUGUAUAUGAUACAUUUAUUUCCCUUAAAAUUAUGUUUUUUUUGUUCAUUAUUUUAUUAGUGAUGUAUCGUUCUCGUCUCUUUUUAACAUGUUUAAAAAAAUGUACUGACGCAAUAGUUCUUAACUCUGGUUCUCUUGAAAAUCUCAUAUUUCUUUCAAGUAUGUUAAGAUAGAGUUAGUAUAUGUAACAGAAUAGAAGCGUGUAAUCAUUAUCAAUUUUACUAUAGACAGUACAGAAUUGUGCCUAGAAAAUAUGCUUAUCCAUGUAUUUUUAUAGAGCAAUAAAUGUGUGGGAUUCGAAGCAGAUUCAUGUAACUACAUAAUCAUUUUUCAAGUACCUACCGACAUUGUGUGAGUGAUUGAUAGUCGUUCCACCUGGGUCGUCUUCGAAUCAUAGUAAUUCACUUAGCAUAAAGGUUCGGCAUCUAUGUCAAAAUUGUAGGGAGACAUCAUGAUGUGAUAGAAAUUAAACUUUUAUACUCUA